AAUUUACAAAUCAAAAAAAUUUUGUUUCCAGAACAAAAUGGUGGCCAACAUUGUAAUUAUUUCCAUGGUGGUGGCGGCUUGCGUAGCUCAAAGGCCGUUCUACGCUAAGCGGCCGAUAGGCUACCCGGUCCUCGAACAACCCAGCACUGAAAGCAACGCUCUCGGCGACAGAUUCGGCAACUCCGAAACUACUACCACCCAGCGACUACCAAUAGAAGCGCUCGGCGACCGCGCGCUGGUCGACCAGCUGAGCAAACUGCCCGUAGACAAACAGCCAUUUUGGUUGUUGAACUGGCGCGCGCUGGAGCAGCAUCGGCUACAGCACCCCACGUUCCAGCACUCACAGAGCAAUUUUGCCAAUGGACUGUCGGUUUUCAACACCCCUAACCGGGCAUCUUAAUUUGUAAGAAGAAGAAGAGAAGUAUAUGAAU